UAUUUCCAACUUACUUUUCUCUACUAAUAAUAACAAGAGGAAGAGAGAGACAGAGAAAGGAGAGAGAGGAGCGGGAGACAGGGCGAAGUUUAGGAUGGGGGAGAGCGGUGUUGGAACAACAGAGUCGGAGCGGAGGCAGACCGCCAUUAACAACGCUGCAAGCACCGAGAACGGCAACGGUAGAAGUUCUGCAGGUUUUUCUUCCUCGUCCGACCACCCAAUUCGUGUCUAUGCUGAUGGGAUAUAUGAUCUCUUCCACUUCGGCCACGCUCGCUCCCUUGAACAAGCCAAGAGGCUGUUCCCGAAUACAUACUUGCUGGUGGGAUGCUGCAAUGAUGAGACUACGCAUAAGUACAAGGGCAAGACUGUUAUGACCGAAUCAGAGCGCUAUGAAUCCCUUCGUCAUUGCAAGUGGGUUGAUGAGGUUAUUCCUGAUGCCCCAUGGGUAAUAAAUCAAGAGUUUCUUGACAGAAACAAAAUUGAUUAUGUGGCUCAUGAUUCUCUACCUUAUGCUGAUGCAAGUGGAGCUGGAAAGGAUGUUUAUGAAUUUGUGAAAGCUGUUGGAAGAUUUAAAGAGACUAAAAGGACAGAUGGAAUUUCUACAUCAGAUGUCAUUAUGAGAAUAGUAAAGGAUUAUAACCAAUAUGUGAUGCGCAAUUUGGAUCGUGGAUAUACAAGGAAGGAGCUUAACCUCAGUUAUGUUAAGGAAAAGCGACUGAGAGUGAAUAUGAGACUGAAGAAACUGCAAGAGAAAGUCAAGGAGCAUCAAGAGAAAGUGGGUGAAAAGAUACAAACUGUUGCAAAAACAGCUGGUGUGCAUCCUAAUGUGUGGGUUGAGAAUGCUGAUCGAUGGGUUGCUGGGUUUCUUGAAAUGUUUGAGGAAGGUUGCCAUAAAAUGGGGACUGCUAUUAGAGACCGAAUUCAGGGGAGUUUAAGAGGACAACAAGUGAGGGGUUUGCUGUCAAAUGGCCAUAAGAGUAGUAGUGACGAUGACGACGAUGACGGUGAUGAUUAUGAAGAGUACUAUUUCGAGGACGAUGAAGAAUAUUAUGAUUAUGAGGAAUACUAUGACAGUGAUGGGAAUAUAUGAGUCCCUGCUAAUCAUGCUGUCGCCUAAUCUGUACUUGUGUUGUACAAAGGAUCAAAGAUUUUCAUAGAGUAGAUUAAAAGUAAAUCCUUUUGUGGACAUGGCAGUAGAUGUUACUCAAGUCUUUUUAGGCUUUUAUUUGAUCUGCUGCUGUUAUUUCUCUUCAAUUGAUGUUUUUGGUUCUUGUUGUUUUGAUAGUCAUCAAAUUGUAAUUAGUGUGGAUGAAGAUUUUGCCAAAGGAAAAAUACCUUAGGGGAACUAUCAGUCCCUUCUCUGUCAUA